CGUGUGUUUUUUGGAGCUGCGCCGCGGUGGCUGAUGGGAUUGCUCCGCCACUGGUGUGGACAUGUCCGCCAUGUUUUCCACGGCGCAGGGAGCAGAACAGCCCGGCAAAACGGCCCCGACGUCCCGUUAAACCCGCACACAGAUGAGUCCUGCCGCCGGUUACCGGAGCAGCGGACACCGAUGAGCGCUACUGCGGCGGACAAAGUCGCGUCCGGAGCGGAUUUCCGUCGGUAUCGGUGCGGGUUUUGGGCGAAUUGUCGCUGAUUUGGCGCAAACAAUGAGUAAACUCUCGUUCCGGGCGCGAGCGCUAGACGCCGCCAAACCGCUCCCGGUUUACCGCAACAAGGACCUGCCGGACCUGACCGACUGCGUGUCCAUUAACCGGGCCGUCCCGCAGAUGCCGACCGGGAUGGAGAAAGAAGAAGAGCUGGAGCACCACCUGCAGAGAGCAAUCUCCGCCCAGCAGGUGUUCAGGGAGAAGAAGGAGAACAUGGUGAUCCCCGUCCCUGAGGCAGAGAGCAACACCACCUACUACGACCGUCUGUACAAAGGAGAGGUCAAAGUUCCCAAACAGCUCAUCCACAUUCAGCCUCUGGGUCUGGACCUGGAGCAGCCCGACUACGACAUGGACUCCGAGGACGAGACUCUGCUCAACAGACUGAACAGAAAGAUGGAGAUCAAACCUCUGCAGUUUGAGACCAUGGUGGACCGACUGGAGAAGGCCAGCACACACCAGCUGGUGUCUCUGACUGAGGCGAAGCUGCUGCUGAACGAGGACGACUACUUGCUGAAGUCGGUGUAUGAUUACUGGGUGAGGAAGAGGAAGAACUAUCCAGGCCCGUCGCUGAUUCCUCACAUCAAACAGGAGAAAAGAGACGGAUCCACCAACAGUGACGCCUACGUGGCCUUCAGACGGAGGACCGAGAAGAUGCAGACCAGGAAGAACCGUAAGAAUGACGAGGCAUCAUACGAGAAGAUGCUGAGACUGAGACGAGAGUUCAGUCGGACCGUCACCAUCCUGGAAAUGAUCAAGAGGAGAGAAAAGUCCAAGAGAGAGCUGCUGCACCUCACGCUGGAGGUGGUGGAGAGGAGGUAUCAGAUGGGAGACUUCAGUGGAGACACUCUCAGAGAUGUUUCACUCCCUCUGGUGGAGAAGCCGGUGUACAGCGCUCCAGUGACUCUGAACAACAGACACAAAGCUGACGUUAAGAUCAAGAUGCAGAAGAAGCCGGUGUCCAUCAGAGACGAGCUUUCCUUUGAUCUGAUGAGACCAAAGAAGAAGACCAUCAGACGGGACAGAUUGUAUCCUCCACAGAGACGUCCCGGCCGACCGCCCGGUCCCUUCACCGUCAACAAGGCCGACAUCAAACAGUACGACUUCCACAGCUCCGGAGAGGACGACAGUCCACCGCCACCGCUGUCUCCUCCGUCUUCACCUGAUGAAGAGAAUAAUCCUGAUGGAGUGUUUGUCUUCAGGAGGAAAGCUGGAUGUCAAUACCUCUCUCCUUGUACGGAGCAGACGGACGGAGUUGGUCAUUCAGAGCUCCUCCCUCAGUGUCGCCGUCACUCUCUGACUGAACUGACGCUGCCUCCUUAUUGGACGGGACUGAGUCGCCGCAGGAUAGGACGAGGCGGCAGGAUCAUCCUGGACCGAGCCUCCUCAGGUCUGGAUCCAGUACUGAAGCAGAUGGACUCUGUAACACAACCGGUCUGUAGGACCAGAACCAGUACCUGCCUCCUCAGUGACCCUGUUACACUGGAGCAGAAACCCUCCCUCGCUAACAUCCUGAACAACAUCCAGGCGCUGAGGAGGUUCUGCUACAGACCCAGACCAGCUCAGGACCAGAGGGAGGGGGGCAGAAGGACUACAGGGUUCUCUGUGGAGGACAACAGACUCACCUGUAGUCUGAUACCUGACAGACACUGUGGAUCAGCAGGGGGCAUCACAGAGGAGCAGUACCACAGUCACCAGCAGCAGCUGGUCCAGAUGCAGAAACAACAGCUGGAGCAGCUGCAACUACAGAACACCACAGUUUCAUUCAGACACACAGCACUGCACCAAACACAGUCUACCCGGUCCGGAGAGUCCAGUUCGAAGACUCUGGACUCGGCCAGCGCUCAGUUUGCAGCCUCUGCUGUGGUCAGCGCUCCUCAACCUCACGGUCACGUCAACAGUGAGAACAAACCCUACAAGACCAGCGUCAACGGAGUCCACCACCCAUCAGGUCCCUCCAGGCCUCCGUACUCUUCCUCCUCGUCUCUCAGCAGGUCAGGACUUUCGGCUCGGGGGUCACUCCCCCCUUCCUCCUCCUCAUCCUCCUCAUCCUCGUCAUCCUCCCCUCAGUCCCUCCCCCACCAGAGGAGCCACGUGGGAGCCGUCUCCCCCGCCCACCUUCACACUGCUCGACCCUCAGCGCCCCCAACGUCUGCCUUAAAGCUCGCCACCGUCGCCGCCAGCCUCGACCGAGUGCCCAAAGUCUCCACUGCCAGAGACGCUCACGAGCCGGAGAGACUGCUGAACGGCCUGUCAGAGACCACGCUGCCCAUGGAGGUCACAUAACAUCAUAUCCCAUCAUGCCCCGCUCCUCCUCCCAUCACGCCCCGCUCCUCCUCCCAUCACGCCCCGCUCCUCCUCCCAUCAUGCCCUGCUCCUCCUCCCAUCACGCCCCGCUCCUCCUCCCAUCAUGCCCUGCUCCUCCUCCCAU